CUGUGUGGCAAACAGCUUCGAAAUCGACUCCCGCGCAUAGCCAACCUGGGUGACAUAGUAGCGCGUCUGCGUUCAGUCGCUCAUGCCAUCCAGAUAAAAGGACUUGUGUUCCUGAUACUCUGGUUCUCUAUAGCCUAUUCCAUCAUUCAGUAUCUGUGAUCCCAACCGACACACACCGCAAUGGACGAGCUUCCUAAGGAACAAAUUGCUAUCCUGAAGAAGGCCUUUGACGCCUUCGACCAUGAAAAGAAGGGCUGCAUCGGCACAGUGAUGGUGGGCACCAUCCUGGGAAUGUUGGGCCAUCCGGUAACAGACGAGACCCUCAAGGAGAUCAUCGAGGAGGUGGAUGAGGAUGGAUCUGGAGAGUUGGAGUUUGAAGAGUUCGUGACCCUGGCCUCCAGGUUCAUGGUUGAGGAGGACGCUGAAGCGAUGCAGCAGGAACUCAAAGAGGCAUUCCGGUUAUACGACAAAGAAGGUAACGGCUACAUCACGACAGGCGUACUCCGGGAGAUCCUGAGGGAACUAGACGACAAGAUCAGUGCUGAAGAGCUGGACAUGAUGAUUGAAGAGAUUGACUCCGACGGCUCCGGAACAGUGGACUUUGAUGAAUUCAUGGAAGUGAUGACUGGCGGAGACGACUAGACACCAACAACUGAACAUCUACGAACAACAAAAUACAACUUGCCAAGCUUUAAGUACUACCUACAUAAUGUUACCAAAUAUUUAUUACCUAUUAUUUGUCAAAAUUUUCUUUUUGGAAAACUGACAAAGUCACAAGACACAAAUGAGGCAUUAUUUGUAAUUUGUUAAGUAUAUUUCCAUUAUUUAUUUAAGUUUACCUAUUUAUUUAAAUAUAAGGUACCUAUUAUAAUUGAAA